AUGGUGAAAAUCUGUUGUAUCGGAGCUGGGUAUGUCGGAGGUCCAACCAUGGCUGUCAUAGCAUUAAAAUGCCCGUCAAUCGAAGUGGCUGUUGUCGACAUCUCCGUGCCUAGAAUCACAGCAUGGAACAGUGAAAAACUCCCUAUCUACGAACCUGGACUCGACGACGUCGUAAAGAAAUGCAGAGGCAAGAAUCUUUUCUUCAGUAACGAAGUUGAAAAGAAUGUCGCACAAGCAGAUAUAGUCUUCGUCUCCGUCAAUACUCCAACUAAAAGUUCAGGACUUGGUGCCGGAAAAGCCGCCGACCUCACGUACUGGGAAAGCGCUGCACGUAUGAUCGCCGACGUAUCAAAAUCAUCCAAAAUCGUAGUUGAAAAGUCAACAGUUCCAGUUAAAACAGCAGAAGCCAUAGAAAAGAUUCUCACCCACAACAAUAAAGGCAUCGAAUUUCAAAUCCUCUCAAACCCGGAAUUCCUCGCUGAAGGUACUGCAAUCGCCGACUUAUUUGACCCCGAUCGUGUCCUUAUCGGAGGUAGAGAAGAAACUCCGGGAGGGUUAAAAGCCAUUAAAACAUUAAAAGAUGUUUACGCUCAUUGGGUCCCAGAAGAACGAAUCAUCUGUACUAAUCUUUGGUCUGCUGAGCUUUCCAAACUCGCUGCUAACGCUUUUUUAGCACAAAGAAUCUCUUCUGUUAACUCAAUCUCAGCUCUAUGUGAAGCAACAGGUGCGAAUGUUACCCAAGUUUCUUAUUCCGUAGGUAAAGAUCAAAGAAUCGGGUCAAAGUUUCUAAGCGCGAGUGUGGGGUUUGGUGGGUCUUGUUUUCAAAAAGACAUCUUGAAUUUAGUUUACAUUUGCGAAUGCAAUGGUCUCCCCGAAGUCGCAAACUACUGGAAACAAGUUAUAAAGAUUAAUGAUUACCAAAAGAAUCGAUUUGUGAACAGACUUGUGUCUUCCAUGUUUAACACGGUGUCAGGAAAAAAGAUUGCGAUUUUAGGGUUUUCUUUCAAGAAAGACACCGGUGACACGAGGGAAACUCCGGCGAUUGAUGUGUGUAGAGGUUUGUUAUCGGAUAGAGCUCAGUUGAUUGUAUAUGAUCCUCAGGUUCCAGAAGAGCAAAUGAUGAAGGAUCUUUCGAUGCCGAAGUUUGACUGGGAUCAACCUUCAGGGUCGACAACGAUUCAGAUAGAUGAAGAGACUGUUAGGAAAAGUGUUAAAAUGGUUCAUAAUGCUUAUGAAGCUACAAAGGAUGCUCAUGCGAUUUGUAUUCUUACUGAGUGGGAUGAGUUUAAGAGUCUUGAUUAUAAGAAGAUUUUUGAUAAUAUGCCGAAACCAGCUUAUGUUUUUGAUGGUAGGAAUGUUGUAGAUGUGGGUAAGUUAAGGCAGAUUGGGUUUAUUGUUUACUCGAUUGGGAAGCCGUUGGACCCAUGGUUGAAGGACAUGCCUGCCGUUGCUUGA